GUCUUGUUCGAUUGGUGCCAGAACGCCGACAAACCAUGUAUGUGGGGGAUUGCUGUUAUAUAGACUUUGGUCACAAACAAUCGUUACAAUAUUGUCUUCACAAAAUAGUGUCUUAAUGUACGCAAUGUCAAUGUAAAAACAACCAAGGUCAACGAUUACGCAUAAAUCAACACCAGUUAGAGCAAACAUUCGCAUUGGUGCUUUCAAGAAUUCUCUUUCAGCACUGUGCCAGUUGCCAACGUAAAAAAUAUCGGCUUAAAGGGUAAAUUAUGGGAAGACGCUUUGUGAUGGAUAAGAAAUCUAGUACAGAAACAAUGGUUAAAAUCUACAAGGCUACGGAAAAUGUGUAUGCAUCGAGCUCCGGAAGCGAUUCUGACGAGAGCAAUGCAAGCUUAUUGGAAAGAAGUAGUCUACUGAGUAACAAAUUUAUGCUACCUAAAGAUCUCAGUGAAAAUGGUAACAUAUUUAACGAAUUCUUUUCCUAUUCGCUAUGGGAUGCACUGCCAAAUGCCACUCAGCAAAAAUUGACUAAGUACUUACCGGUAGCUAAAGAUGAUUUUUCGUCAACGACGAAAAUAGUUCAUAGUUUGUUUUCGCGUGAACUAAACCGUUUUUACAAGGAACCAAUGGAAAGUUUUCGCCUAAAUCUAUCGACGGGAAACUAUCGAGUAGACAUAGCAAGACUGCAACAAAAUUUAGCCAAAUCUACAACGAAAGACCGACGAAUGGUUGAGUUACAGCGACUAAGUCGUUUAGCGCAAAAUGUAAUGAUAUCACGCGAAGCUGCUUUGUUUAGUGAGCUACAGUUUAUUAGCAACCACGCGUUACCGUCUUGUGGCCGAGUAAUGGAUAAUUAUCGUAAACGUCGGCAAAGAGAGUAUGAUUUCGAAGCACCUUCAGUCAUGGCAAAAUGCCAAGCUGUUGCUACAAAACGAUAUUUAAGUGAAAUUGUUAGCAUAUCUGAGGAAGCUGGAUUAUCACUGAGCCUUUCUGAUGAAGAAGAAUGCCUCCAAGCAUUACCAACUGCUCCCAUCCGAAAGCAACGAAGAAUACUUGGAUACAAUGUGCAAUCAGGCGAACAAUCGUGCCACCCUAAUCGUACGAUUGGACACCCUAAUUUAUCUGGUGCAUCGGGUUUUCCAAAUAUUCUAUCGAAAAAAAGCGCUUUGGUUAAUACUUCCAACGGAAUGGGUGGAAACACAUUCGAUGGAACAAUAUUCAAUGCUCCGAAAUUGUUUAUUGUCACUGAAGAUCAUUAUAGAAAGUUACUUGUGCAGCACAGAAAGCGUAAAAUGGAAGAGCCUAAUCAUCCCGAAUUGAACCUGGAUGGUGUUAAAUUAAAGGAUGUAGUUAGUCGCACACAAAUAGCUGCAGGCUACCGAAGAAUUCUGCCCCUUCCAAAAGUUUAUAUUUCAGAUUCAGCAAAAGAAAAUCCGAUUGGUAUCAAAGCUAGGAUUAAGUCACAAAAGCUAUUCCGAAUGCAUCGAGUUUCUCCUGAUCAGGCUGAUUUAAAGCAUUCGGUUGGUUUUAAUCUAGAAGAGAGAGGUAUUAAUAUAACUGAAAUUAAAGUAGAACCUUCAGUGGAUGCCGAUCAGAAAUCGAAAAGCGUACUGCCAAAUGAUUCAUCAGAAUCAAAUUCGACGGACAAUGAAUUACACCAUCUUGCUUUGAAACAUGAUGAGUUUAUAGAAGGCACGAGAGCAGCGUCAAACCAUGACAAAACUAAAGAAAAUGGUGAAGAUCCUAUUAAUACUGUAGAGAAAUUAAAGCCUUUUUCUGAACAUGUAUUAGACGAAACUGAACUUUCUAUAAAGCCGACAGCUGUUACAUCGCUAAAUCCAAAUGUUUUAAAUAGCGUUGCACAGCCUGACGUACCGAAAAAAGCAUCGGAUACCAGCAUAGGAGACAAUAAUUCAAUGAACCUGUUGUUGAGUAGUGGAACUCAUGCUUGCUUUUUAUCAGUUGUUCGCGAUCUAUUUUGUUCGAAUCCCGACCACCGUUGUACUAUGUCAGAAUUGAUGCAAAAACUUGAGGCUUGGACAAAAAGUCCUGUAGCCGAACGAAAUGAUUGGUUUGAGCAAUAUAACAAAAAUGGGGAUUGGGAUUCAACUCUUCAAUCUGCGGUGAAAUUUCUUACAGGAGAAUUUCAAAACCAACCGGAAGAUUUUGUACCGUACAUAGAACACAAAAUCGCCAUCAAUAUUUUGCAAUGGAUUGGUGCGUCUCGUGAUGCUGAUAGUCGCCUAGUUCCUCUUUGCACAUAUUGGCAAAACAGAAAACAAGAAAUGAACAAACAAACCAAUAUGCCUACGAUUACGGCUAACAAUAUUAUUGGUUUGAAUAAUACCUUGCCAAUUGAUACAAAUAUGCACGUCACUGUUUCACCGAAGAAUAAGAAUAAAACAAACAUCAGUACCAAAAGUUUAGUAUCUUCCGCCUAUUCCUCAACAUCGUCCUCCAUUUUAUUGCCAUCUGCCGGAGAAGUUUCUAUCGGAUUUAAUGAGUCUUCUGUAUCAUCGCUAUCAAGCAUGACAAUCCUAGCUGAUGAGGAUGGGUCUGCUAGUGAACGUUCGGUGACACCACCACCACCACUUUUCCCUACGGAUUGGAGCGUUAGAAAGGCUACUGAUGAGGAAAUACAAAGGUUCCGUGAACAGGAAAAAUGUCGAUAUGAAAAUCCGCACAUGGCUUUCACUUACAAACAGCACUCGUAUGACAGUGUGGUGGGACCUGUUAAAGGAAUAUACACACAGGCUCCAGGAAUUUCGAAGGCCCGUGGACACAGUAUGCUAGUCGCAAAUCGCCCAAAUUUCGUUACCAUUCUUACGUUGGUUCGAGAUGCAACUGCCCGUUUGCCUAACGGCGAAGGCACUCGUGCAGAUAUUUGUGAACUAUUGAAAUCUUCACAGUAUAUCUCCCCCACAGCUACCGAUCAAAUAUUGCAGACCAUUGUCAGCGGUGCUUUGGAUCGUAUGCAUACGGAGCACGAUCCCUGUGUGAAGUAUGAUGCGAAACGGAAAAUAUGGAUCUACUUGCAUCGAAACCGCACGGAGCAAGAGUUUGAGCGGUUACAUAUGCAAUACCAAGGAUUAUCCAAACAUAAGAAAUCGAUUGUGAGAAAAUCGAUGAGACAGUCCCGAGAAAGUUUAACGACAGCGACAUCAAAAAUUUCAAACUUGGCCAAACAACAUCAGAUUGACGAUAACGGUCCCAGUGGAGAUAAUGUUGCCUCAGUCAGUUCUGCUGUUGAAAUCCUUCGGGAUAAUACUACAGAGAUCAUCAAUGUAAUGGAUUCGGGCACAGAUUUAAGUGCAGCUACGUCUGUUAUUAAUAUUCCAACAACUAUAGUUGGUAACACGGUGACUGUAGCACGGUCGACAACAUCGCUAUUGAAAAAACAAGUUCCUCUAACUGUAAUGGAUAAUAGCAUUGUCCAGCAAUCAUGUGUCGACACAAGAAAUGAGAAUAGAACUGCAAGCAAUUCUCCGAGCCAAACUGAUCGCACCAAAAAGUCCAUCAAUACCACCAUGCAAGAUCAUCAACUUUCAGACUCUGGCUCUGAUACAAUAUAUAAAUCUUCAAGUAAAUUGUACAAUGCUGUAACGUUAAUCACAUCUUCUGGAAACAAUGUACGGACAAUUCAGAUCCCAAAAUCUUCAAUAUCAUUAUCUAAUCGACCGGACGUAGCAUCAAACCAUAGUACAGUAACAGGAAACGAAGCUUUAACAUCAGAACUAUCAGCACAUAAUACUUCUCCACAAUCUCCUAAAAAGAUCAUCGUUUCUGCGGUUGUAUCUGCUGCCAAAACCAUGGGUGCAAGUACAGCGAUAUCUCCGUCGACUGAUUUUUCUUUAAAUCAUUGUGUGGAUAAUUUACAAAAGCUAAAUACUAAGCCAAUAUUAGUACAAUCUGCUGGAACUGCAUCACCGAUCAUUACACCGUCCUCAUGUUCGUUUUCGAAAGAUGCUAUAAAAAUUAGCUCUGCCAUAGGCGGCACGAUAGUAUCCAUCCGCCAGGUAAACAACACAAACCUCGGUACGUUAGGUCAAAAAAAUCAAACAUUUGCGUGCGCGCAAUCUACAUCUUUGUUAUCUCCACAACUAUCAACACAAGCAAAAAGACCACACAUUUCCAUGAACAGUUCUUCUAUGAUUGCCACUACUUCUGCAGCAAAUGCAAUCCGAACAAUCAAGGGUGGUACCAUAAUAUCAGCCGCAAUAGAAAAACCAAAUUGUAGCUCUUCAGUUACAUCAUCGACUUCAAAACAAAGUUCUAAUUCAGCUCCAAUGUUGCAAUCAAAUCCUGCGACCACUGUUUUGUCACAAAAGAUGAUGUUAAGUUCUACCAGAGCGUAUGCAUCAUCCGCCGGCGAAAGCAGUAAUGUCCCAACUGUAGUGGCCAUUAAACCGACUAACUCAACUAGUAUAACAACUGUAACAGAAACUGGAACCAAUAGACCAAUCAUAAGGCCCACUGCAAACCUUUUUAGUACUAUCACCCUUACCAAAGGUCAGCAGUCAGUUCUAACGCCAGCAAAGCAGCAACAAAUAAUUCAAAAUUUACUAUUGCAAAAUCAAAAACAGUCUUUAAUCACCAAGCAAAUAGUUUGUACAACUGACGAUGCGAAACAAGGUGUAAGUGUAGGUUCACCAUUUCAGUUGGAAAGUCCGACAGCCGUUCCAGCAUCAUUUAAAAUGCAACACAAUCCAACUUCAAGUGUGAAACCACUGUCACAGCAAAUUGUCAAAAUCACGCCUACACGUGCGAAAACUCACUGUAUUUCGACGAUUAGACCCGUCAGUACAAUUGUUACAUCGUCGAAUUCUCCUGGACAUCCUUCAUCAAGCAUCGUAAAUCAAACGUCACCUGGUGUGAAGAUGAUAAAAAUGCAUCCAUCUACAAUGCUCACAUCCAUCGAACCCCAAGGGAUGUUGAAUGCAAGCACGAUAUGUGGAGCUAAUACGGUUACCAUUUCCGGGACAAAUAAAUCUCCCGCAUCUACUCCAAAUUCUACCAUGCGAGUACUAAAAACAGCCACCGGAACUACGACUGUUAUUAAGACCGAAGUAACGCCAAGUGGAUUGUCUGAAAAGCUAUUAUCCCAAGGAACUCGCCACCAUGUUUUGGAUAAGCAUCGAAAUGACUUAACAGCACAUGUUGGUUCAAAAGUAAUCGUAACACCCAGCAUUAGCACAGGUCAACUAAUUCCAUUGGAGAGUCUUUUACAAAAACAAGGUGUUACGCCCACGACAAACAGUUCAACAGGGGGUUUAAAUACUUUUUUGAAGAUAACUGGCACCAACAAAACUGGACAACAACAGUUUUUACAGUUUACUACUAGUUCUAAUGCAGCAAGCUCAAUCACUUCAACAUCAGCCUCGAACGUACUAUCAAAUAGUGGGACUACAUCACUGGGGAGUGUACGGCAACAAUACACCAUUUUACCUCAGUCCCGAAACAUAAUAUCGGUAGCAUCAACAUCUCGUACAUGUCGAAAAAACAAUAUUCCCUUAACAAUUGUUUCAUCUCAAGAUUCAAAUGAGUCUUUGCCAUCUGCAGCUUCGCUUAUUGCUGGAAAUAAGAAAGGAAAUGUAACCGAGGUCAAUACCAUUGACGACACGGUUCCAUCGCCACCUGUUCAUUCACCUUCUGAAAAACAAAUACCACAAGUAAAGCUACUCACAACUGCUCAGAGUCCAAAAUCAUUUAGUUCCGGUGCCAUUACUUCCACAACAACAAUACAACCACAAAAUAACAUUUCUAAAACGAAAACAUCGCUAGAUAAUACGGAUCUAUUGAAUGCAAAAAUUAUAGGGGUCCGGAACAUUGCUUCAACUAAGCUGAAAGGCACAUCCUCUUUGAGUUUGAUGAAUACAGGUGGCCUAAAUAUAGCACAUAUUGGUGGAAAACCAGUAAUAAUUGCAAACAAUGCGGCGAUCGGGACCAAUCAAGGAAUUACAGUCAGCACUUCGCAUUUACAUAACAACGGUGUUAAUAAAGGCACACCUGCUGGCACAAUGUUAUUAACUUCAAAAACAAAUUCCAUCAGCCCAGCAUUAGAACAGCAAAAUUCAAACGAUAUGAAUGUACCUGGUUUACCUUCAACGGCAAGAAGAGAUAAUGCAUGCACAAACAGUGUAAUUCCAGGACAAAUUCAAACUCUCAUGAUUCGUAAUAAUUUGCUAAAGGUGCAAAGUGUACCACCAAUGGCAUUAAAUAAACUUUCUCAACAUACAACUAUUUCGGCUGGGUCGGUAGGCGCCAGCGGUGCAGGAAGUGGAGUUAAAACUUCCACCACAGCAAUAACAGCCUGUGCGGGAAGAUGCACUACAGCUCAAUCAAGGCAACAGCAACAAACGCAGGAAGCUCAGACGCAGUAUCCUCAGCAAACUCCACAGAAACAACAGCAAAGUAAACAGCUUGGCUCUGCUGGAAGCGCCAUUCUUUUCACGCCACAUGUAGCUGCUAAUAACAAACCAUUAGGUGCGAUGAGUAUGGAAGAUAAAUCAUUUGUCAAAAUACAAUCUUCAAGUACUGAAAUAAGUAAUAACGCCGAUGGAGGAUCGCAAAAGGUGCAAUCGCAGCGUAUAGUUCUAUCUCAACCGACGAUAGCAUCAGAUCUAAAUGUAGCUGGCAAUGCCUUGAAUUUCAAGCGUCUGAAGGUUAUACCAAUUAGUAAACAAUCUAAACAAUAAUUAAUUCCUGCAAAUGAUGUUGUUGAUUCUUCAAGUAUGUAUGCUAAGAUGUAUGAGAAAAAAUAGGUGUUUAUUAUAAACAUAUUAAUAAAACACA